GACGAAGGGGAAGCAGCAGACGCGGCAAAAUUCGGAGCCCCUCAGCGCUCGAAAGCUUGCGCCUGCAGUACAGUACGCACCCCUUGAGGGAGCUCUGUCAGCAGCUCGGGCAAGAACGGUCGGUCGUUGCCGGGGAGGCGUGACCGGAGUUGGCUGACCGGGGUUUAGGACAGGAGGAGGGCGAUUGGACCUCGAGGGGGAGGAGGAAACGGAGCCUGGAGAAGUGAGUGCAGGAGAACUGGAGAGGGCUCGUCGUCGGUCGGAGGAGCAGCUCCUGAGUGGCAGAUCGAGGAUGGAGGCUGCGCAAGCUGCUCUGUACGCCCUGGCCACGUCGCCGUCCGUGAUGCUGUCCGUGCACGAUGCGCUGCACAUGGUGCUCAGCGUCGCUCGUCGGCUCGAGCCCGUGAGCGUGCCGCUGCAUCGAGCUCUCGGCUGCACUCUGGCCGAGGAUCUCACCGCUCCCGAUCCACUCCCUCCGUAUCCGGCUUCCAUCAAGGAUGGAUACGCGGUGGUGGCAUCUGAUGGUCCCGGUGAGUACGUCGUGGUCGGAGAGGCUCGAGCUGGAGACGAUGCCGCGAAUUUGGUGGUCAGACCAGGAACCGUGUCUUACAUUACUACAGGAGGUCCCGUGCCAAGCGGUGCGGAUGCUGUAGUAAUGAUCGAGAGGACAGCUCCAGUGGAUGAUGACUUCGAGGAGACUGGAGUAAGAAAAGUGGAUAUUCUUGAAGGAGUCGCCAAGGGGCAGGAUAUACGCCCAGUGGGCUCCGAUAUAGCAGAAGGUGACGUUGUUUUGAUGGCAGGGGAUAAGAUUGGUCCUGCCGAGAUAGGCCUGCUUGCUACCAUGGGUUUCACUACUGUGAAGGUUUAUCGCAGGCCUAAAGUGGCGGUUUUAUCAACCGGAGAUGAGCUUGUAGAUCCUGUACAAGGUGCCAAACUGGGUCGAGGACAGAUACGAGAUUCAAAUCGUGCAAUGCUCAUGGCUGCUCUUGUCCAACACGGAUGUGAAGUUGUGGACCUUGGAAUUUCCCAUGACGAGGAAAACGAAUUGGGGCAGAAGAUAAAUGGUGCCGUGAAUGCGGAUGCUGACAUGCUCAUAACAUCCGGGGGUGUUUCUAUGGGCGACAAAGAUUAUGUCAAGCCACAUCUUGAACGCAGAGGAAGAGUUUACUUCGGGAAGGUGCUGAUGAAGCCUGGAAAACCGGUGACUUUUGCAACAAUUGAUGUUCCGUCUCAACAGUCCAGCAGUAAACGCCCAAUGCUUGUGUUUGGACUUCCAGGGAAUCCUGUCAGUAGUCUCGUGUGCUUCUACUUGUUCGCACUGCCUGCUAUCAGGCAAAUGUCAGGGUGGUCCGAUCCGCGUCUUCGCAGGGUGCUGUCCAGAACCACACGACCGAUGCGUUUAGAUCGAGAGAGGCCUGAGUUUCAUCGGGUGACGAUCCAUUGGGAAUUAGAUGAUGGUUCAGGUCAUCCUGGUUUCGUGGCGCAAAGUACUGGACAUCAGAUCAGCAGUCGGCUUCUUAGCAUGAGAUCUGCAAACGCACUUCUUGAACUUCCUCUGUCCGAUGGGGUGUUACCUGCGGGAACGCAGGUGCCAACCCUUAUCAUAGGAGAUCUUAGUAACAUGCCACUUGCGGGUCCUGACAAUUCCCACAACCGUCAUCAACAUCACCACCAACAAGGACAUGUCAAUCAAGCAAAUACACAGAUCAGUCGACAACACCAGAUUGAAACUCAUGACAGUGGAAAAGCGGGCAAAUCCGGAGGUGAUUUUCCGGGAGUUAAGGUGGCCAUCUUGACAGUGAGUGACACAGUAGCAUCCGGUGGUGGUCCAGAUCGAAGUGGUCCGAAGGCCGUGGACGUUGUUAACAAUUUGUCGGAAAAGCUUGGUGGUGCCAAAGUAGUCGCGACUGCAGUGGUGUCAGACACAAUUAACGAGAUUCAGGAAGUUUUGAAAAUCUGGAGUGACGAAGAGAAGGUUCAUCUGAUUCUCACUACUGGCGGUACAGGGUUCACUCCAAGAGAUAUCACUCCAGAAGCGACAUUGCCAUUGUUGCACAAACAAGCUCCUGGCAUCGUACAAGUUAUGUUGAACAAGAGCCUACAGGUCACGCCAACAGCGAUGCUUUCUCGAGCUGCAGCUGGUAUAAGAGGAUCCACCUUGAUCAUAAACAUGCCGGGAAAUCCAAACGCAGUAGCAGAGUGUCUGGAUGCACUAAUGCCAGCCUUGCCUCAUGCAUUAAGGCAGAUUCGAGGCGAUAAAAGAGAAAAGCAUCCUCGUCAUGUACCUCAUGCUACCCCAGAUUCCCCCAUAAUCAGCGCUGACGUGUGGACAACGAGCUUUCACGCCGCGCAAUCACGCUCUGGAAGACCUACUUCUGAACACAAAGGGUGUUCUUGUGAUUGACAGGUCCGCAACAUGUGGACGUGAGUGUAGGCAGUCUUUUUUGUGUAUAAAGCGGGUUAGUGUGUGCAUAGACACCUGGGGAUAAACUGUACGGUUCUCAAGAGAAAACUUGCUGUUGAUUGUAAUCACCUUUAUUUUCGAAUAUGAGAAGUUUAUCUCCUGGUUGUCCC